AGAGCGGCCCCGGGGCGUCCCACCCAGCAGCGGCGGCACCGGGCCCCGGACAUCGGUGACCAUGAGCAGGCGGCUCGCUAUGGAGCUGGAGGAGGUGCGGCGCUGGGGCGGCGUCCGCGACCUGCACUUGGUGGACCGUGACGUGCUGCGCUGGAGGGGACUGCUGCUGCCUAACAAUCCCCCCUACAACGCGGGUGCCUUUCGUUUCGAGCUGGCCUUCUCCCCACAUCACCCCCUUGUGCCUCCUCGUGUCAAGCUUCUCACCAGCAUCCACCACCCCGGUGUGGGCCCCGAUGGCACCGUGUGCCAGCCCCUCACUUCCCCCGAGAAGUGGGAGCCCAUCACCUGUGCCACACAUGUGCUGCAGGACCUGCUGCUGCUGCUCGAUAACCCCAGCACCGAGCGGGUGCUGCGCCCUGAGCUGGCCCGUGAGCUGAGCGAGAGGCCUGAGGCCUUCCUGCACCAGGCAGAGGAGCACACCCGUCGCUAUGCCGAGCGGCGCCCUGACACCCCCGGGCCCUGAGCCCCCACCUCAGUGCCACUUGUCCUGUACAUAAAGCUCCCACCUCAAUCCCGUGAUCCCUCUGCAUGAUGCUGUCCACACGAGAGAUGAGGCGCCACGGCAUGGCACUGCAAACCUUUACUCCUAGGGGCUGGGGGACAAAGUGGAGAAUGGGGCUGGCGGGGCCUCAGCGCUUCUUGGUCUUCACUAGCCCCUUGGCCACCAAGCUGCGGUACAGCUCCUGCACGUAGGUAUAGAUGCACUUGGCGUCCGGCACCGUCAGCCGCAGCAUGUCUUCCACCUCCAGCAGCUGGGCACAGUCGACACGCUCCCUGCAGGACUGGCAUCACCAGGGCUGCCCCACAGGUGGACAUGGGCAUAGGGAUGAGGACAGGAACACACUCACUCUGCGGUGCUGAAGGCCAGGGUGAAGUUACGCCGGCGGUCCUGGGGCUCCAGGCUGCCAUAGUCAAAGGCAUCGGGGAAGAAGCUGUGGAUGAGGGCGCAGAAGGCCAGGCCGCUGCUCCAGCUCCCUGAGAAGUUCUGGAUGUCCACAUGCUGUGUGGGUGGAUAAGCAGGAAGGGGGAGGGAUCAGGACACUGCUGGCCCUCUGCCAGCCUCCUGUCCCCCACUACUCACCUGGUAGCCACGUGUCCUGGCACGGCACCAUUCCAGCAGCAUGGCCUUCACUGAGCCCGUGGCCCCCACACGCUUCAGGUGUGGGGCUGGGCCUGUGGCUGCCCUGUAGCCAAGUCAGUGAUCCCAUUGGUGCAUAUUCCCCAGGGGCUCACCACUGGGCAGCGCUAUCCUCAGUGUCCCAUCUCCCUCUCAAUGUCCCCCCAUUGCCCCAUGCCCCUAGCUGUCCACUGUCCCAUAUCUCUCAUUGUCCCUUGGCUUUCCCAUUCCCCCCAGCGCCCCAUGCCCUCCAGCCACCCCACUGACCAUGUUCCUCCACUGCCUCCCGUUGUCCCCUGGCCUCCCCACUGUCCUCAUCGCACCCUGACCUCCCCAGGCCCCACUCACCCCCCAAACUUCUCCAGGAUGGCACUCCGUCCAUAUGCCCGGCUGCUCACUCGUGGCCGCCCCACAGAUGCCACCCGGGGGGGCACCCGUCCUCGUGGUCCCACUGCAGACACACCACUGGGAACACAGGGGUGGUGGCUGUGAGCAGGGAUAGGGUCACCACUGUGGAUAUCACCUAUGAGAACAGGGUAUGGGGAUGCCAGCAGCGGGGCAGGGCUAUGGGGCAGCCCCGGUGCUGGUUGCUCUUCUGUUCUCACCUCUCACUACCUCUUGAGCCCUCAGUGCUACCAGCUGCAGGGGAGAACAGAGGAGUCAGUAGGAUGAAAGGGGGCAUCCAGAAUAAAACUACCUCCCUGGGGCAGACAUAGUGCCUGGGGGCACUGCAGGGAGUCCCAAAUGGGGCAAAUGGGACGGAGAACAGAGGGACUCUACAGAGUAUAUGGGGAUCUGUAAGGGGACUCUGGGAGAGGGCCCACCGCGCCCCCCAUUCCUUAUCCCAUUCCCCUUCCUGCCUCCCCUGCCCUGGAAGGGGAUUCCUGUGCCCACUGUAGCCCUUACCUGUGGGAGAAGUGGGGGACACAGGAGGCGAAGGGGACGUGGGAGAUACGGGGAACGUGGGAGACACAGGGGAGGUAGGGGAGAGUGG